UGUGAUUUUACUAUUAUAACCAUACUUGUAUUCAGGUAGACAUUGUGAAUAGAUAAUUGAUAAUAGUACUUUUGAUCAAAGUUAGGCUCACCACUUUCGACACAUAUUUUAAAGUAACGUGAGAACUUGGUAGGACGCACCUGUUGCGAAAACUUCGGAUAUUGGUAAAAUCUACUACGUCAAAGCAUAGAGUUUGUGCUUACAUGAACUGAUUUUGGCUUCUAGUACAAGUUAGCUGAUCACACUUUUAAGUUGUAUUGGUUAUUGGAUAUAUGCGUAGAUUGAGCUCGUGUUUGUAAUAAGUCAGAAAGCCGAUAUUUGUACCAUGGCUGAGAAGACUGAGGAAGAGAAAGCUCCAAGCUCUUCACACAACCUGACGUGUCCACUAUGUCUUGAUAUCUUUGACGAAGCAACCAUCCUGACUUCAUGCGGACACACCUUCUGUCGGAAAUGUCUCAAGAACUAUGACCUGUCCCACCAGGAUCUCGAUCACAUGCUCUGUCCUCUUUGCAGGAAGAUCACCAAGUUGUCUGCGAAGCGUGUCGAUGAUUUCCUCACCAACGUGACGGUCAACGGACUUGUAGACGAUUACCACGCCAAGUGUGGAGGAAUGAACGCUGUCCUUGAGAUGCGUCCAAAAUGCACUGCUUGCAAGUUUCAGCAAGAUGCCGUCUCAUUCUGCUGUACAUGUAAUAACUACAUUUGUAAUAAGUGUCUGGAUUGUCAUCAACAUCUUACAGUCUUUGAAGAUCACGAGAUUGUAUCCACACAGGAUAUCAUCAACGGGAAGGCCAGUAUUGGUCAUCUACCCGAGAAGUGCUGCAUCCACAAACAAGAGAACAAAGAUAUGUUUUGUGAGGAUUGUAAGGUCCAUGUUUGUCACAAGUGCGUGAUCGUCGGUCAUCAAUAUCACAGCAUCAAGAAUCAGGCUGACUUCGAGCAGCAGUUACGUCUUAAGGUGAACGACCUUGUCCAGCGUUGUGCCGCUAAGAAAUCAGAACUGGAAAAAAACAUUCAGAAUGUGGAAGUACAACGCCACGAAGUAUACAGUGCCGUGCAGAAACUACUGGACGAUGUCAGUCAAGCUUACAGCAUCAAGGCAAAAGUGCUUGAGGAUAAUCAUCGAAAUCUCAUCGAGCAAAUCAAUGUAGUAAAGCGGAGUUUCGAUGACGACCUCAACGUCUUGAAAACCAAUGAUCGACAGAGAAUCAAGAGUAUUUGUAGUUCAAGAACACUGGUGGCCAAUGACAGACUGGGUCAUCUUGAGACAGACAGUCUGUCUGCUCAUGCUUUGCUCUGUGAGGAGCUUGAUGCCAUGCUGAAGGAGGCUACUGAUCACAAUUCUGCGGCAGCCAUUACGAAGAAAGCACAGGAGAAGAGGUUCAAGCCUGCAGAUGAUACUCGUCUUAAUCUCGGGAGCAUCUCAGGAUCAGCUCCCAAGUUGCAAGUCAUUCAGUGUGUAGAUCUUCGGGGACACAUGUGGGGAAUGACCCCAUACUCUGAUGACAGUGUGGCUAUCGGAUAUAAUGGUGCACAUGGUAUAGAUAUCAUUGAUUCAGCUGGUAAAACGCAGCAGUAUGCAAACAUACCAAGUAACAUGAUGUGUUAUAAUCUUGUUUUUCAACAAGACAGGUCUGUAUGCAUAUCGACGGUUGGCAAAGAAGUAUACACAUAUUCUCCCAAUGGAUCAAGGAAAUCAACCAUCCCCUGUCCAAACAGCACAGGCCUACACAUACUAAACAGAAGUCCAUCAGAUGAAAUCCUCAUCGCCAGCGAUCAAAAGCAAGUCCAUAUCUAUGACCCGACUGGAUCCACUCUCAAGCACACUGUUCCAACAAAACACAACAUUACGGGCCAGGUAUCUGCUACCAGGUCGGGUUUGAUCGUCACGAGUUCAUGUCAUCACUCCCGUCCAAGCGUGGUGACGGUCUAUGACAGGGAUGGGAAUGCUGGUAAGUCUCUACAAGCUCCAAACGGUGUCCAUCUGUUUGCUGCCCUGGAUGAGCAGGACAGGGUGUAUGUAGCGAGUGUUAGACCUACAAAUGAUCAAGUGGUGAUCAGGCUCUAUGACCUUGAUGGUCUGAACCUGAAGGAAAGAGUUGAGUUCAAUUUACUCAAUAUUGAACUUGUUUCUAGUCGGGGUUACUUGGUUUUACUCUCACCAGACAUGCUCGCGUUGGCUUCUCACAAGAAGUUGUAUUUUGUCAAAGUAUCGCUAUAA